UGAAUGAUGCCAGCCCAAGGUUCCCUAACCUCCAACCUGGCCCUCCUGGUGCUGCUGGGCACAGUCAGAGCAGGCCCUUUCUCUCCACGGUCCAAUGUGACGCUCCCAGCCCCACGGCCUCCUCCCCAGCCAGGAGGCCGCACAGAACAGCCAGGAGGGGGAGGCCCUUCUUCUCAGCUUUAUGAGCACACCGUGGAAGGAGGGGAGAAGCAAGUGGUGUUCACCCACCGCAUUAACCUGCCCACUUCAGGUAGCUGUGGCUGUCCCCCAGGCACUGAGCCCCCCGUCCCUGCUUCAGAGGUGCAGGCCCUGAGGGUCCGGCUGGAGAUCCUGGAGGAGCUGGUGAAGGGGCUCAAGGAACAGUGCACUGGGGGAUGUUGUCCUGCUGCUGCCCAGGCUGGCACAGGCCAGACGGACGUGCGGAGCCUCUGCAGUCUCCAUGGCGUGUUUGACCUGAGCCGCUGCGCCUGCUCCUGCGAGCCAGGCUGGGGUGGGCCCACCUGCUCAGACCCCACGGAUGCCGCGGCGCCCCCCUCCUCUCCCCCCUCAGCUUCCCGGUCCUGCCCAGAUGACUGCAAUGAUCAGGGUCGCUGCGUCCGUGGUCGCUGCGUGUGCUUCCCUGGCUACACCGGCCCCAGCUGUAGCUGGCCCUCCUGCCCGGGGGACUGCCACGGCCGCGGGCGCUGCGUGCAGGGCGUGUGCGUGUGCCGCGCGGGCUUCUCCGGGGACGACUGCAGCCUGCGCUCCUGCCCUCGGGGCUGCAGCCAGAGGGGACGCUGCGAGAACGGGCGCUGCGUGUGCAAACCAGGCUACACUGGCGAGGACUGUGGGGCGAGGAGCUGCCCCCGAGGUUGCAGCCAGAAGGGGCGCUGCGAGGACGGGCGCUGCGUCUGUGACCCUGGCUACGCUGGCGAGGACUGCGGCUCUCGGAGCUGCCCGUGGGACUGUGGCGAGGGCGGGCGCUGUGUGGACGGCCGCUGCGUGUGCUGGCCCGGGUACGCGGGCGAGGACUGCAGCACGCGGACCUGCCCCCGCGACUGUCGGGGCCGAGGGCGCUGCGAGGAAGGCGAAUGCAUCUGCGACCCAGGCUACAGCGGGGACGAUUGCGGAGUGCGCAGCUGCCCGGGCGACUGCAACCAAAGGGGCCGCUGCGAGGACGGCCGCUGCGUGUGCUGGCCUGGGUACUCGGGGCCCGACUGCGGCGCCCGCGCUUGCCCGCGCGACUGUCGGGGCCGCGGGCGCUGCGAGAACGGCGUGUGCGUGUGCAACGCGGGCUACAGCGGCGAGGACUGCGGCGCGCGCAGCUGUCCUGGGGACUGUAGCGGCCGGGGCCGUUGCGAGAGCGGCCGCUGCGUGUGUUGGCCCGGGUACACAGGCCGGGACUGCGGCACGCGCGCCUGCCCUGGCGACUGUCGCGGGCGCUGCGUGGACGGCCGCUGCGUGUGUAACCCGGGCUUCACAGGCGAGGACUGCGGGAAACGACGGUGUCCCGGGGACUGCCGCGGUCGCGGCCGCUGCGAGGAUGGCGUGUGCUUGUGCGACGUGGGCUACGAGGGUGAAGACUGCGGCGCGCGCAGCUGCCCCAGGGGUUGCCAGGGUCGCGGCCAGUGUCUGGAGGGGCGAUGCGUGUGCGACGACGGCUACGAGGGUGAAGACUGCGGCGUGAGACGGUGCACGCGCGACUGCAGCCAGCGCGGCGUGUGCCAGGAUGGUGUGUGCGCCUGUUGGGAGGGCUACACGGGCGAGGACUGCAGCCUCCGUACCUGCCCCUCCAACUGUCACCGGCGCGGCCGCUGUGAGGACGGGCGCUGCGUGUGCGACUCCGGCUACACCGGCCCCUACUGCGCCACCCGAAGCUGCCCGGCGGACUGCCGGGGCCGUGGACGUUGUGUGCAGGGCGUGUGCGUGUGCCACGCGGGCUACAGCGGCGAGGACUGUGGGCAGGAAGAGCCUCCCGCCAGCGCCUGCCUCGGGGGCUGCGGGCCUCGGGAACUGUGCCGCGCAGGCCAGUGUGUAUGCGUCGAGGGCUUCCGAGGCCCCGACUGCGCCAUCCAGACGUGCCCCGGGGACUGCCGCGGUCGGGGAGAGUGUCGUGAGGGCAGCUGCGUCUGCCAAGAUGGCUAUGCAGGGGAGGACUGCGGGGAAGAGGUGCCAGCCGUUGAGGGCAUGAGGAUGCACCUCCUGGAGGAGACGAUGGUUCGGACAGAGUGGACCCGGGCUCCUGGCAAUGUGGAUGCCUACGAAAUUCAGUUCAUCCCCACG